UAUAGUACUGCAUGGGACUCUCCCCCUCCCCGGCCUCUGCCUCCUCCCCUGACUUAUUCCCAGGGGUAGCUCCAGGAAUCGACACCCCUGUGGAUGGAGUCAGAUAGACAGGAUUUGAAUCCUGACUCUGCCAUGUACAAGCCAUGUGACUCGGCAAGUCAUUUAGACUCGGCAAGUCAUUUAGUCUCUGUGCUCAUUUUUCACAACCCCAAAAUGGAGAUAACACUAGUUGUUACCUCACAGGGUGGUCUUCUGCAGCCUGUAAGAAAAUGCCUGUGAAGUGUGGCUCCCAGCGUGGCGCCAGGUGACUCAACAGGAGGCAGCAGGUCCCCUUGUGAGUGGCAGACCAGCCUGGUGGCUGGCGGCAGGACACCCACGUCUGCAUGCUGAGGAAGAUGGGUGAGGCUGUGGCCAGAGUUGCAAGGAAGGUCAACGAGACGGUGGAGAGCGGCUCUGACACCCUGGAUCUGGCCGAGUGCAAGCUGGUUUCCUUCCCCAUCGGCAUCUAUAAGGUCCUGCGGAAUGUCACUGACCAGAUCCACCUCAUCACGCUGGCCAACAACGAGCUCAAAUCCCUCACCAGCAAGUUCAUGACCACGUUCUGCCAGCUCAGAGAGCUCCGCCUGGAAGGGAACUUCCUGCACCGCCUCCCCAAUGAGGUCAGCACCCUACAGCACCUCAAGGCCAUCGACCUGUCCCGGAACCAGUUCCAUGACUUCCCGGAGCAGCUCACCACACUGCCUGCUCUGGAGACCAUCAAUCUGGAGGAGAACGAGAUCGUGGACGUGCCUGUGGAGAAGCUGGCUGCCAUGCCCGCCUUGCGCAGCGUCAACCUGCGCUUCAACCCACUGAACGCCGAGGUACGCGUCAUCGCCCCGCCACUCAUCAAGUUCGACAUGCUCAUGUCUCCAGAGGGUGCGCGGGCCCCCCCACGCUAGGCCUCCCUCCUCAUGCCCGCCCAGCAAGGGGCAGAGGCCACCUGGCCUGGUUCCCUGAAAGGAGGGAGUCCCACAGGCCCAUGGGAGGCCAAGCUUGGGGGGCUGGGGGUGGGUGGGCUGAGUAGUGCAUGGCGGGAGGGGUGCAGCGGUCCAGGAUAGAUAGCAUAGAGCAGCAGUGGGCCCUGGGAUGCCCAGAGGCAGGAGGCCAGGAGGUGGGCAGGAGUCCAGACUCUGGGCACUCAAAGCUUCUGUGCAAACCUGGGCAGAUCCUCACCUUCUCUGAGCCUUGUAAUUUAAGAAAAGGGGUGGCAGUGGGGGAACCUUUUCCUCCUUUGGGUUCCUUGGAGGUUUUGAGGGGAGCACCAAGUUACCUUCAAAUCAUCGAUACCUUCUGGGCCCACGGAUGAGCAUCGCUGAACAUUUUCUGGGCCAGUGUGGGUUUUGAGGCCUUGUUUCUAAUGAUGAGAGCCAGCCGCUGCCCUGAGAGGGACAGAAGACAACCUCCAUCUAUUUAUUGCUUCCUGAGAACUGACCCAGAUGAGGCCCUCCACAGUACCCCAUCUUCAGGCCUGUGGGUCCUUGGAUUGGUGGGAACUGGAACCAGGAGUUGUAGGAAAGCUGCGGAGAGAGUGUGGCCUGGCGCUGCAGCAGGGCAGAGAAUGUUUGUGUAGGAGCCCAAGGACUAGCAGGCUGGACACUGAGGAGCAAAUCAAGUUGGCUCUGCCCUUCCUCGUGAUUAAGAAAUCGGCAGGGUAGGAAGCCCUAAAUGCUCCAUCCUUCCUUCUGGAGUGACUGCGUGUGCCUGGUGUCGGCCCUUGAGCUGCAGGAGAGGUGGCCUGGAGAGAAACAAAGCCAUCUGUGCCUGUGCCACCCUCAACACAGUGCCCCUCCAGCAGCAGUCUGGUUGCCUUGUCACUGAUCCACGUCGGGGCACUAUGGACCAUUGGAUUUGUGGCUGGCCAGCUUCCAGGCCACCACCCAAAGCCCUGAUGACCUAGUCAUCUUGGAGUCUAGGGUGUGGCCAGGCAAUAGGAUGACCAACCAUCUUGGUUUUCCCAGGACUGAAGGUUUUCCUGGGACAUGGGACUUUCAUAGCUAACACUGGGACAGUACCUGGUAAACAGGGGCAACUGGUCCCUGUACCAGGAAAGGACCCGGGGCUCUUGCUUCCUGACAACACCUGUGGUUUGGAGAACUCCUGACCUCUGCAUCACCAGGUAUCUACCUCCCACCUUCUCAUCUGUGGAGCAAGCAGACUUGGAGCUCAGAGCCCACCAGGUCUGAUCUGUGGGAGACUCCUUAGGCCCUAGGACUUGGGGAAGCCAGGCCACCCAAAUCCUACAUCCAUGGGGCAGUGGCCACUUUUCCACUCCUAGGGUUAGGCUGUUCGUAGCUCAGACCACUGCUCAGAGCACUAACCCUUUCUCAGAAUGCUCCCAGUCCCGUGCCCCCUCCCCAGCUCUGAGGCCUGCCCCUGCCCAGGCCCCCUGUCUCUUGACAAGUGGCUGACAGGUUGGGCCAUUGUUGGUCCAUCAUUGAGCACUUGGCGUCCCAAGAGAUGCCUUGUUCAGCCUGCUCGUCUCCCAAGGCCUCGUUGGCCAAGCUCUGGGAAAAGAGUUUUCAGGGUGAGGAGGUCAAAACGAUUUCUAGGGCUUCCAAGUUCAGCCCUGGACACUGGGGACAAGUGGGCCUGCAGUCCAGCCCAGGCUGUCCUAGCCCCAUCCAACCUGUGUCUUGGUGUGGGGCUUCUCUUUGUUGAAGAAGGGGUGCACUUUUCUGACACUCACAGAGGCACUGUAUGGCCAGAGCCUUGCAGCUCACGUGUGGCCUGUGGGCCAGCAGCAUGGGCAUCCAGAGGAGCUCAUUGGAAAUGCAGAAUCCCAGGCCCCACCUCAGCGCUCCAGAAUCAGAACCUGCAUUUCAAAAGAUCGCCAGGUUAUUCCUGCAAGCACUUUACUGUUUGAGAAGCAAGGGCCUGGCGGUGACCCUGGGGAUGUCCUCAGAGCGGAGGGCAAAGGUUCUCAGCUCUCCCCCUGCAAUGCCAGGGCUCUGAGUCUGUGCUCAUCCCCCUCCCUAAACCAGCCCCCAGAGACCCUGGCCUCUUAGAUCUCUUCAGAGUCUGCGUGGCACUCCCAGUGAAGGGACUGACACAAAGCCACAGGAGAUGAGGGCUAGGUUUGCCCCGCCCUCUGGAACCUUGACUUUCUGGGUAACCUCUGCAUGCCCAGCUGCUGCUUCCCCAGGUCCUCACCACAGGUCCUUUGAAGGGGUUGCUUCUGGAAGCUGUCUUCCACUCUGCUUGGAGAGUUUGCCCUUGGGCAGGCAGAGAAGCCCCCAAGUCAGAGCCCACUGUGUGAGUGAGCCCUUAGCUUCAGUCUGCAAUAAAGAAUGCCUUGGUUUCA